AUUCUGUUUUAAAAUACAAACAAAAGUAAUUGAAAAUUGUCUCUUAUGUAGCUGUUGUUUAACAACAACGCAACACAGACAGUUACGUCUCUGCUUAUUUGCAUUCAUCAGACGAGCACAGUUGAAGGUUCGCUGAAGAAAUAACGACGUUGCUGCACAUACGCAGGAUGGAGCUGCGACCACUUGUUAUGUGCUUUGCUCUCUGCGUGGUUUACGCCACCAGUAAACCCACCGAGAAGAAAGAACGCGUCCACCACGAUGAACCCCUCAGCAACAGAGAUCACGAUGAUAUAGAGAACUUUGACUACGACCACGAAGCUUUUCUGGGACAAGAGGAGGCCAAGACCUUUGACCAGCUCACACCGGAGGAGAGCAAGGAGAGACUCGGCAUGUUAGUUGAGCGUAUAGAUGACGAUAAGGAUGGCUACGUCACUGUUGAGGAGAUGAAGAAGUGGAUCAAGCAUGCGCAGAAGAAGUGGAUCUACGAUGAUGUGGAUCGACAGUGGAAGAGUCAUGACCUAAAUGGGGAUGACGUGGUGUCCUGGGAGGAGUACAAGAACGCCACGUAUGGAUACAUCCUGGAUGAUCCCGACCCCGAUGAUGGCUUCAGCUACAGGCAGAUGAUGGCUCGCGAUGAGAGAAGGUUCAAAAUGGCCGACCAAGACAACGACUUGAAAGCCAACAAGGAGGAGUUUACGGCCUUCCUUCACCCUGAGGAGUACGACCACAUGAAAGACAUUGUAGUACUGGAAACUAUGGAAGACAUCGACAAGAAUGCAGAUGGUUUAAUAGAUUUAGACGAGUACAUAGGUGACAUGUACAACCAGGAGGGAGAUGCCUCAGAGCCUGAGUGGGUGAAGACGGAGAGGGAACAGUUUACAGAGUUCAGAGACAAAAACAAAGACGGAAAGAUGGACAAGGAGGAGACCAGGGACUGGAUCCUGCCCAGUGACUACGACCACGCUGACGCCGAGGCCAAGCAUCUGGUCUAUGAGUCCGACGCAGACAAAGACGGCCGUCUGACCAAGGCAGAAAUCGUGGAUAAGUACGAUCUGUUCGUGGGCAGUCAGGCGACCGAUUUCGGAGAAGCUCUGACUCGACACGACGAGUUCUAACACCCGCCCGCCUCCAAAGACUCUGCGUUUAUCUUGUACACCACCGCACUCCUCCAACAGCGGAUGGAGUAACUUCAACAAGAUGAGCUCACCUAAUCCAACGCCAUGAACAAUAAUUUAUUUGAUUUGUUGAAUGUGUCCCGUUAUACACACACACAUCAAUAUUAAACACUGAGUUUGUCCUCAUGCUCAGUUCUGUGUAAAAUUGGGAUAUAUUGCCAGCGUGUACUCUGCUUCCACACACGCUUCUUCCCUUUCCCAGUUCGGGCAAAGAACAAAUAGUGUUGACGACAAUUUAGUUUUUUGUUUUGUUUUUUAUCUGAAAGAAAGAUUUUAUGAAAAGCAAUGUUUUGUAAUGAAAACCUAAACGAACAAAUUUCAGUUGGCACGAUACAGAUUAGUUUAUUGCACCAUUUUCUUUUUCCAGUUCAUUGAGCUGUGAAAAGUGAAUCUUAAUUUCUCCUCCAUCUAUCAUGUCACGUGUGUGUCAGUGAUAUAAUGCGCUAACUCUGGAGUUCAGGGGACGAGGAGUAAAUAUUAGAUUCCGGUGACGAACACUAUUUGGACCAGUGCAAUAGGGUAUCAUCAGUGGUGUCUAUACUAUACUUGUCCCCAAAGCAUCCAUGUUAACACAAGCUGUGUCCCUGCACAAAGGCAGGUUGUGUGUUUGGUUAAGAAGGAAUCAAGAAUUCAUAAUUUAGGGAUUGAUGGACGCUUUGUCCACAAAGUUUCUUUUUUUUCUUUCUUCUCAUCAAUCACAUGUUUGUACAUGGGAAUCUUUGUAUACUUGUCUUUUUGAUUCAUCCUUUCUUUAUGUUACGUUUUGUUGUAUUUAGCUCACUUAUGUGCCAAGCAAAAUACCUUGUCUGAAUUUUUUUUAAAGUUUAGAUUUGAAAAAGAAAAUCCUUUUCCCAUCAAACACUUUACCCUCCUAAAUAUGAUUAAUGCUUAUAUUAUCCUUCCCACCAUUUAUAACCACUGAAAUGUUUUAUGGUAUACUAUAAUGUAUAUGAUGUUUUUUUACAGGCUCACAGCACCCUUUCACUUGUGUGACUUUAGUGUAAAUAAGUUGUUGGUCUGCAAACUGAGCACUCUUACAUCAAGUCCAGUUUUUGUGAUUGAGAGGAACGUUCUCAAUAAAAACCAACUAAAUUA